CAGAACGUCACGGAGGGUUUCUCAUCAGCAAAUGUUACUCCCAAGACUGGAAUAUAAAUAACUCCUGCCUACUGCCUCCCUCCCCGGAUGCCAGCCAGCAUACCAGCAGCACACAGAGGCUUCUGCAAAAUCUCCCUCUCAGCUCUGCCAGUUUCCAGCAGAGCCAAAGCAAUGGCGAUUCUCUGGCUCGUUUUAAUCUUUGUCUCCUUGGCCAGCCAUGGACACGUACAUGCUCAGUCACCAGAGAUCUGUCACCGUGAAGGAGGCUUGUGCCGAGCUGGAUACUGUGAUUCUGGUGAAUACCCGACUAAGUACUGCUUUGAACCUGUCAUUCUGUGCUGUAAAAAAGUACCACCCACCACCCCAAAAAGCUGAAGAUUUCUAAAAGAGGAAAAAGCAGCACAUGGAGAGCCAUAGGCUCCACUACCAAGGAAUGAGCUGCUAUUGGGAGGGAAAUGUGCCUCUCUAUGACUGUUGAUCCCAUGGGAGAACAUGGCUUUGGAUUUACUGAUGAACUUCUGAACUUCUUUGCUUUUCUUGUGAUUUUGUAGGUAAUACUGUUAGAAGAAGAAAUUGGGGGACACGCAGACUAUAUAUUGCUUCUUUUGGCAUCUGGUUCUUACCUGUCACGCACAGAUGAGAA